AUGUCAUUCUGCAUCGAAGAAAAUAAUCAGCAUGCUUGUGAGAGCAAACAAUCUGGUGAUUUUGUUAUAGAAGAAACAGCGGAGGAAACUCAUUUCGAGAUAAAUAAUGUCCUGGUUCAUGAUGUUUCUGAGAGGAGAGAGAUGGAUUGUAAAGAAAUAAAUACGGUGGAGAGCGACAUAUGUAUUGACAGUAAUGAGUUUGAAGUUUCCAAAAAGACAACCUCCAUUGCCUCGUGCAGUCAACUACAAGAGGAUGUUAUGGGUCUUGAAUCAGUCUGUCAGGAUUUACAAAAACAAUGUGUUGCUCAUUCACAAGAUGAUUCAAGCGAAUUGGUUGUUAACAACGCUAAGGCGUCACUGGGCUCCGUACUAGGCCUUGGCGACUGGUGUAGAUUCAGACACCUAUAGCGUAGAUGGUCACAGGCAAGAGACGAGUUUGCUCCUCUUAGCUUGUGUGAUGACAGCCCAGGACUGCCCUGCAUUCAGAGACAUUCCGGAAACACACAGUGCCACUGUUCCAAUUGAGGUUGAGCCAGUGGUGGAGAUUUCUGAGACGGUUGCUGAAACUGCAUACCAAGUCCAGAUGAAAACCUCUGUCAAUUUUGGCUGCAAAGCCUACGACCACAACUUCAGUCCAGAUGUGAUCAAUGCUGAGCGUGAGCAUGCUGGCUCCAGUAAACGUGCUCAGACGAAAUUGGACACGCGUUGCGGCAUCCGUGCCAAGGCUGCCGCCAUCCAAGAUGCGACAGACAGGGAGCUAGUGGUGUCAAAUGCAAAACUAAAGCCGCGCUCGCCCAUUUAUCGGCGAGCACAAGCGAGACGUAAUUCUGCACUGAAGGCCUCUCCAACGGAUGGAUCUUGGAAGCGUUUUGGUCCACGUAUAAGGCAAACGAGUGACACGCAGUCAGAGUGUGCAUCCGCGUUAACAAGAAAGAACGGGCCGCGUAAGGUGACUGUGCACAGAGAUGUCGCUAAGAGAGCAAAGGCACUGGAUGAUCUGGAAACGUCAUUGACAUCUACAGACAGUAAAGUUAUCCAAAAUACAAAGUACCCAUCAUCGGUCACUUCACCUACUGGUUCAACCAAGUGUGUAACAAGAGUGCGCAAACUGCCAAGGCGAAAUAGACACUCAAAUAGCACGGUGUUGCAGAAUGAUGUGAGUGAUUAUUCUGCGUUUCCAGUGGCUAUAAACAGAGACGUGAACACUUCUAUUGACAUGAACAGAGUGUCGCCUGAAAAGAGAAAAUGCUGCACGCAAACAGAAGAAAAUACAACUUCAGUUGAGAAUCCCGUUGUCACUGGCUCACUGAAAGAAGCUGUUAUUUCAUCGAUGAACAGGAAACCAAAAUCAAAUCGCCUCUUUUUACGAACCAAUCCAUCUGUGAACGCGCGCAAAAGCUCUUCAUUUACUGGAAGGGGAAAAGGCAACUCACACAAAAGAAACCAAACACUUGCAAAAAACACAAUGCCCUCCCCUGCGUGUGCCAUCCGCAAUGCUAAUGCCACUCCUCACCACUCCAGCUCAUGUCACACAGGUUACAGAGUCUCCCGGCCAGUGUCAAAAUGUGAAAGAAAGGGACGUUUUGAGGAAUGCAGUUUGGAUGCUGAGACGGCUGCACCUCUUCAGAAUACAGGCUUCGUAGAUUUGGGAAAAGAGAAAGAACUAUAUUUGAGGGAGCUUUUGGAUAGAAAAUUAAUUGGAAACAGCAACAAAAUGAAAUCCAUGAAAAGAAAACAUACGUUGGGCCAGAUUUUUUGCAAUGCCACUGACGUUUAUCCUGGAGAAAUGCAAACACAGUUACUUGGUUCAACAUCAUCAACAAUUAUUGACUCAAAAAUGUAUUUUCAGUUAAAUGUAAGCAAAAAAGGCACACUUUACACUGGCAGGAAGAGAGGACGUAAACCAAGCGAUUGUUCGUCUGCACGUGCUGACAAUUCCCACAAAACUAAAGCCAAAAAAGACUUAGGAAGGGCACUUUCCGACGGCCGCGUGUGUUUGUCGGCGGAAUACAUGGGUGGCAGACAGAUUCGAAGUGGUUCGGUGACAUCAAAGGAUGUGUCAUCAGCUACCAGUGGUGCGUGGGACUUGGCCAGACCUGCGAUGGAAAAACGAGGUGAAAGGUUUCCAAGACACAUUGAGACGUCACCCCACAAGCGGUGCGUGCCGAGCUCUGGUGUUGCUAUGGUGAGCGAGGCGGCCGUCAUCUCGUCGUGCGGUGGAAGCGUGGCCUCAAGCGACAGCGGGAUAAGCACCGACAACAACAAUGGUUUAUCGGGCCGCAUCAAACGCAGGAGAGGUGUGAAAAAGACGAGCCCGGAGCAGCAAACGCACUCUGCUCCUGUCGUCUGCCCCGACGUGAAGCAGGUUCUCGCACACAAACUGGAACAUCCUCGCACGAUUCUCACGACGGGCUCGCAGCCAAAGAUGAAGAGGCAAAAGAGGAAUGAAGAGCACCUUCGUCACGUUUCCCAAAGAAUCCCAGAUUUCCGUACUGACCUCAGAGGCCUGUUGGUGAAGUUCACCAAGUUUGAGAUAUCUCACAAAGUGCGCUCGUGUAUUUCUGCAGAUGUUCUGCCAAGCAUGUUUAAGCUAAAUUUCAUGACCAUUUGUCUUUCACCUGCGCCUGUGGAUUGUGCAGCAAGGUCAGUGGACCAGGAAAACAGCGUUGGGUUUCAGCAGCUCAGGAAUUCUCAGAGCAGUGUUUCAAGUUCAUCAACCGUCACUUCCUAUGACGCUGGUUAUUACAGCAAUGUUGAUGAUUUUCAUCUGCAGUCAUCGCGGUACAUGCCCAGCACACGAGGCCCUGGAUGUGACGGACAGCUAUUUACACCCAAAUAUUCACCAAUAUUUUUUUCAAAUCCCUUCCCUGACCUUAUUGGGAAGGACCUUCAUCAUCAGGCAACCACUGUGAAAUCUACAUUGCAAAAUGUACAAAUCCAGCAGUGCCAUCAAGCAACUGUGAGCAGCCAUUGUCGGAGUUAUAAGAGUUGCAGCAGUGUCAGCACAAACAGCAAGCUGUCCAAACCGCCUUCAACACACAAGCAUAAGCAAGGGCAAAACCUGGCAGAGUUCAGCAAAGCCAGAGAUGCACAAUGUCUCAUGGGCCAAUGCUUACCAGUGGGCAGGCCUCCUCAAGGUGCAUUCCCUCGUGAGCAACACUUAAACCACAGUGUUUCGUGGCAGCAUAAAGGGAACAGUGUUGGGGAAAAGUUUCACAAAAGCCCCAAGACUUUGCCCAGAAUCGUCUCUAAUGCACAGCACAUGCAUGCUCAAUCUUCCAAAACAUCUGAGUGCUCUGGAGAUAAACCCCAUAUUAGAGCCACAAACACUUUGAGGUGGACUAAGAAUGGCCCUUCCAAUGACUCGGUUCUUGAAGCCAUCGAUGCUUGCAUUUACAAAUAUUCUUUGAGUGCAAAUGCAGCCAAAACUCUACGAAAAGAUGAAUCUGAUUGCUGCGGAAAAACACCCAAGAAGACUAAUUUUGUGGACAAUGUUUCCAAGCAGUGGAGUUCCAGACAUUGCUCAAAUUCCACGGCUCAAUUUAAAGAUGGAAGAAAGCACAACAAAGGGUGGGAAAGGAAGCAAAGAUGCAAUGAAUUUCCGUCAGACGCAUCUAGAGACGAUGAGCCAAUCAAUUGGCGGUGUAAAGGGAAGCCCUCACAGAAAAUGGCAAGCAAUGAUGGCCAUCGAUCCAACACAAGAAGAAGAAGAAGCCUCAGGAGUAUUAACACAAUCCUGGGGGGGGAAAGGAACCAGCACUUGGCAUGUAACGACGUGGACGUCUCUGAGAAAAACGGAUCACGAGGCAGGCGACACAAAGAGGCUCCUGCUGAACAUCCCGAUUGCCAUCGCACUGUGGAAAAGGCCAACCGUCCCACCCCAGUAGCCUUGACCGUGGCGCCUGAUCCUGAUACAGUUUCCGAUGCAAUUGAAUCGGUCUUGAAACGCUUGUGCCAGCACAGGAACGACACCAAGAGGAAGAAGAAGAGCCAGUGGGGCAAAACUGCAAAUUUAAUAAAUAUGGCUAUUCCAGGAGCUGAAUAUGUUUAGUGAACUGUAAUUGCAGUCAUAGACGCGUUGCUCACCUUGUUAAUCUGACUGCAACCUGGAUUAAAACUCACGUGAAGCACUCUAAUUAUUGAAACCCAGCCGACAAAUGCACAUCUCUGUCAGUACAGCCGAACUGGGCCAGGUCGAAUGUUAAGUUGGCAUAGCAGCAUCUCUCUACGGUGGCAAACACUUGAUUUAAACCUCCAGUACGGGUGCAAAUGGAAAGAAGAAAGAUUUAUUUUCUGGGCAUACAGCAUAGCUGUCAAUCUAUCCAUUUUCACAUAUUCCUGUCGAGUAAAAUGUAUAUUUGUAUACAAACUCAGUGUGCAUUGUUGUGGAACAAUAUGGGUAAACGUGUAUACAAGCAAAACUCCAAAAAGUAUAUCCACGUAAUAAUAAAUGUUUGUUUUAGUCUAUUAGCCUAUUGGCUUUCCAGACCAAUAUAAUGCAUCUGUUUACAAAGCUUGACUUGACUGAUGAGACCGAGACGGUUAACAUCAGUCCAGAGUGUGUUUUCAGAAAAAGCUGCUGGAUAAUAUUGGUCUGGAAAGCUAAGACGCUGACGGACUGAAUAUUAACUGAAUAUGUAUACCCUGCUGAAUUAUCAACGAUGGAAUAAAAUUGCAAAAAAAAAAACAUGAUUUUUGUUCCCAACAAAUAUAUUUGAUGUCCUCAGAGAGAUACGGUAACUCACUUUAAAGAUGCAUUCCUCACCAUCCAUGGUAAUGUCAGGCAUUACUUUGGAUAGACCUGUCCCUGCCAUGGAAGUGUCCAUCGUUUUGCCACUCUCGGUGGGCUGCCGAUAGAAAAUAAACACGCACCAUUGCUCUGGUGCACAAGGAGCCAUUCAGACUUGUUUUUUUUUGUAUUUUGACACUUGGAUUAUAGUACGUUGAAAUCACGAGCAUUUUUCGGUAAGAUGUGUACUGUUGUAUAGCACUUAUUGUAUGUUUCUAUAUUUUUAAUCCAGUUUGGAUGAUGAAUGCUGUUUUCCAUUCCCUGUCUUUAAAAUUAAACACGAAAAUUAUGAUGCUCCAUUGGCAUAGGCCCUCGAGCACAAAUAACAUCAACUAAUUGCAUUCGUCAAUGACACGGUUGUAAAGAGGAACACACAUAUUAAGUGGAAUUUUGGGCAUGCAAUUACACGUGUGCUCUGCAGAUGUUUUGUUUUGCAAAUAUGCAGAAUUGCACUAUCAAUUGUAUAUUUAUAAAUAUUGUCUUUUUCGUCAUCAGCAGCAACCAUGAUUCACUGCUGGACGGCCGCCCCAUGCAAACACCAUCCUUUGUGUUUCUUCAAGAUCACAAUUCAUCUCACUCCUGCACAUAAGCUGAUCUUAUCGCUUCUUCUCCGGGGUAGUAAUUCACUACUCUUUGGCUGCCAUUACAUCACCAUCAUCUAUCGGCCAUAAUCCCAUCUCGCAUUGUGUCCUACCAAGACCACUUACUUUCCAGUAUCUGUCGAUAUGAUUGAUCUGAUUUGUGUUUGUUCCCUGAUUAACUUUAUGUCAAUGUAAUAAUGCUCAACUUGUUUUUCUCCACGCUUUGCGUACUUUAGAGCCUCUAUUCCAUAUUCUUUGCAAUGGCUUUAUGAUCCAAAUAUUCACAGCAGGCAGGUAAUACAUACACUGGUUGGAUACUUUGUUCGUGAAGCACAUUGGCCUGUAUUUUUUCGUUGUCAAAUUCAGUAAUCCAAAAGCAUGCAUUCGCCUUUUUAACUCAUCAUUUGAUCCCGACCCACCUUUAGUAGUUGGGCUAGGUAUGCAUAUUCAACCAUCCAACAAUUAUUUUAUUUAAUAAAAAUUUUUGUACGCGACUUUUAUUUUCCUCAAUGCGAAAUAAACUAGAUUUUUUUGCCUCCUUUGUAAAGUCAGGGGAGAUGGUGAUCACUUCCAGUAGUUCAUCUCAUUUGGCAGUGAUAAUAACGCCUUCCUCAGCCAAUUUGGAGAGAUUAAAAUUCUCUUUCAAUAAUGAUCAUACCAUUUUUACGUCUCAAAUCCGAUUUUAGGACAUCUUCGUAUGUUGUAUGUAUGUUGUAUGUAUGUUGUAUGUAUGUUGUACU